AUCUAUAUUGACUUCUUUCCAGCAAAAAGAAAUGGUAUAUUUGUGUUUUUUGUUUUCUUUCAACUUUGACCAAAACUAAUGAUGGCCAGGUUCGCAUGAAAGCUGUAUGUGUGCUUGAGUCCAUUUUGGGGAAAAAGGAAGAUGAACAUUUCUUAAUUGUGGCUUCUUAUUUUACCGAGAACAAAGAUGUUGUUUUGAGAUGUUCCGAGUCCCCCCAAGCUUCCCUCAGAGAAAAGGCCAACAAGGUGUUGAUCCUUUUGAAUGGGGAACAACAUGGUGUUUCGGCAAGUAAUUCAGAAAAGUAUUUGGAGGCUGAGACCACACCUAUUCAAAUGCCUGAUCUAAUCGACACUGGUGAUCUAGAUGAUUACAAUGGACUAGCUACUUCAGAAAGGAACCAACAUGACCUAAAUACUGCAUUACGGACAGCUACGCCGCUUAUUGAUAACUUAUUUGGAGAUGGCAUAGACACUGGUUUCAGCACCAGGGAACUGAAAAAUGAUGAUGAUCCCUUUGCAGAUGUCUCAUUUCACACUGGUGAGGGCAGAGAAAAUGUGGAUAAUCUCUUCUCUGGGAUGACUGUAGAUGACAAGUCAGCCGUGAGUUGUAAUUGUGUGGCUGCAAAUGAAAAAUCUGAACUAAUUGAUAUCUUUGGGACCAAUUCUGAUACUCCGUUUGAGCCAGUGAAUAAAAAAACUGAUGUUAAUGAUUUGGUGGUUGGCUUGUCUAUGAAUGAGAAUCCAUCA